AAGUUUUAAAUUUUGAAGAUUUUGGACCUCUAGGUCCAGCUCAUCCCGGCCAGCCUCACACCUUUGUCUGUGGAUUCUGAGGCUCAGCCUGAUCCAGCAGGCACCCACACGGAGGCUCCUUCUGGCCAUGGGACUGGCCCAGCUUUAUCUAAUGGGAUGAACCUGGUUAAAGAGAUUAGCACCCGCCUCCUGGGCCCUGCUUUUAAUCCACAGCGUUCAAGCCGUCCCCUCCUUGGCUGGGAAGGGCACUGCAGACAGGACGGCCCAGACUGGCUCCCGCUUACCGCUACUGAGUCAACGGAGAUCCCAGGCUGGGGGGAGGGGGUCUGGACAUGGGCAACCCCCAAGGCAGCUCCCUGCAGCUUGGGCCAUCGAUGCCCUUCCCAAGACCCUGAGUGGUCCACCCCCCCACCCACCCAAAUUCACUCAGGUUAGGAGUGGGAAGUGAAGCUGCAGGAAGGGCUGCCUGGACGGAUCGGCCAGAAUGGCGCUGCUGAAAGUCAAGUUUGACCAAAAGAAAAGGGUCAAGUUGGCCCAGGGGCUCUGGCUCAUGAACUGGCUGUCUGUCUUGGCCGGCAUCAUUAUCCUGAGCAUGGGGCUAUUCCUGAAGAUUGAACUCCGGAAGAGGAGCGAAGUGAUGAAUAAUGCAGAGAGCCAUUUUGUGCCCAACUCCUUGAUAGCCAUGGGGGUACUGUCCUGCGUCUUCAACUCUCUGGCUGGCAAGAUCUGCUAUGAUGCCCUGGAUCCUGCCAAGUAUGCCAAGUGGAAGCCUUGGCUGAAGCCGUACCUAGCUGUCUGUGUCCUCUUCAACAUCCUCCUCUUCCUCGUGGCUCUCUGCUGCUUCCUACUGAGGGGCUCCCUGGAGAGCACCCUGGCUUCGGGCCUCAAGAACGGCAUGAAGUAUUACCGGGACACCGACACCCCAGGCAGGUGCUUCAUGAAGAAGACCAUCGACAUGUUACAGAUCGAGUUCAAGUGCUGCGGCAACAACGGCUUCCGGGACUGGUUCGAGAUUCAGUGGAUCAGUAACCGCUACCUGGACUUCUCCUCCAAGGAAGUCAAAGACCGCAUCAAGAGCAACGUGGAUGGGCGCUACCUGGUGGACGGCGUCCCCUUCAGCUGCUGCAACCCCAACUCGCCGCGGCCGUGCAUCCAGUACCAGCUCACCAACAACUCGGCUCACUACAGCUACGACCACCAGAGCGAGGAGCUCAACCUGUGGCUCAGGGGCUGCAGGGCUGCCUUGCUCAGCUACUACAGCAGCCUCAUGAACUCCAUGGGGGUCGUCACGCUCCUCAUCUGGCUCUUUGAGGUGACCAUCACCAUAGGGCUGCGCUACCUGCACACGGCGCUGGAAAGCGUGUCCAACCCCGAGGACCCCGAAUGUGAGAGCGAGGGCUGGCUUCUGGAGAAGAGCGUGUCCGAGACCUGGAAGGCCUUUCUGGAGAGUUUCAAAAACCUGGGCAAGGGCAACCAGGUGGAGGCCGAAGCGGCCGAUGCGGGCCCGGCCCCGGAGGCCGGCUGA